GAUACAUGUACAUGCACUCAUGUAAGAAAAAGAAAAAGAAGAUAAAAAUAUCUCAAGUUUGAAUCAAGAUGCAGAUGGAUAUGCAAAGUGGUGGUGUUAAAUUCAGGGUUCUGAAAGUGAGUGAUGUGAUGCCGGCCGAUAAGCGGAGGUUAGUGGAGGUGCCGUACACGGCAACCCUGGCCCACACCAUGAACGCCUUGGUGGCCAACAGGGUGGUGGCUGUCCCGGUGGCGGCGCCGCCGGGGAAGUGGAUAGGGGCCGGAGGGUCGAUGAUAUUGGAGGCUGAUAAGCAAACGGGUGUGGUGAGAAAACACUAUAUUGGAAUGGUGACUAUGCUUGAUAUUUUGGCACAUAUUGCUGGUGGUGGAACGGAUAAUGGCGGCGGCGAUGGGAUUGAUGAGCUUGAGCAGAAGAUGGCGGUGCCGGUGUCUUCGCUCAUCGGACAGUGUCUUGAGAGCCUUAGUCUCUGGACACUCAAUCCUAGUACUAGCAUCCUCGACUGUAUGGAAGUGUUUAGCAAAGGAAUCCAUCGGGCUCUGGUACCAAUGGACAGUCAAAUGGAGAAUAUAGCUGGAGUUGAAUUAGUCGAGUCUGCUUCAUGUUAUCAGAUGAUCACACAGAUGGACCUCUUGAAAUUCUUGAAGGAGAAUAAUUCAUCUGAGCUACAGGCCAUUAUGUCCCGUAGUAUAAAUGAAUUAGGAGCUAUGAGUGGUCAUGUCUUUGGCGUAACUGAGCGCACCAGAGUCAUUGAUGCCAUCAAGUCCAUGAGAGCUGCUUCACUCCUCGCAGUACCUGUUGUUGAAGCUUCAAAAACCUCUGAUGAAGAUCACAAACUGCUCGUAGAUGGCAAAGGAAGGAAGCUAGUGGGUACGUUCUCUGCCACAGAUUUAAGAGGUUGCCCAAUAUCUCAACUUCGAUCAUGGUUACCUGUUAGCGUGAUGGAAUUCACAGAAAAACUCUCAUCAAAUCAGCCGCACCCUGCUGCUCACGCUCCUGAAGAUUUGUCAAGAAGCGGCGCAAGAGAGCUGGUGACAUGUUACAUGGAGUCACCUCUCUGGGAAGCAGUUGACAAGGCUCUAAACAAACACGUCCACCGCGUAUGGGUGGUGGAUGCCAUGGGUUCACUGGCAGGGCUUGUAACUCUUACCGACAUCAUAAGAGUCAUCAGGAGCUCACUGCUCCAAGAGUCUUAGCGCAAGUGCUCUGUCUAUUGCACUCUCUGUUUUAACUUUUAACAUGUAUGUGACCAAGAAACUUGAACUUUUGUCUAUGUUAUGUACUCGUUUGUAAUUCUACGUAUACAAUAUGAGCUUUUGUACAGAAUCUGAGCGUGCAUCUGCUUUAGAAUCCUAAUGGUGGAUAAUAAAUCUGUAGAGAA